AUGACCAACCUUGAAGACAUAAAUCUUAGCCACAAUCAACUCAAGGGUCAGUUGAGCGAUAUGUUUGGCAAAAAGAAAAACCCUUUUCUUCUUUGCAAACGUUACUGCCCAGUUUCACUAACUUAUGAACUGACUUACAGUGAUGUAUCCAACAAUCAACUAUCUGACAAGCUUCCAAAUUCAUUUGCAAAUCUUACAAAUUUAAACACUUUGCAUCUACAGAACAACCAAUUCACUGGUUCAAUAAAUGUCCUUACUGACCUUCCCCUCAAUGAUCUGAAUGUUGAGAAUAACGAAUUUACUGGAUGGAUUCCUAAUGAGUUGAAGGGGAUUGACAAUCUAAAAACCGGAGGAAAUUCUUGGUCAACUGGGCCAGCUCCUCCUCCACCCCCUGGUGUACAACACCGUCGCCGUCCCGCUACAGAAGAGAAGAAAAGUGAAGGUCCAAAGAAAUCUCUUCAGAAUGGAUUAAUUAUAGCUUUUUCAUGUUUAGGUGGACUUGCUCUUCUCCUUCUCCUUCUCCUUAUGUUUGCAUUUACAAGGAGAAGAAGGUCACCUCCCCCAUCCUCGCUUUUCCUCGAUGAUGAUAAGAUGAGUGGGCGUAAAGGUUUUACUCCCCUUCAUUCACAAGAGUUAGGCGCUGAAUCAUAUGCUGGCAUUUUGAAAGAACCCAAAGAUUUUAAGUCAAUGGAUCCAGGUAAUGGAGAUAUUAAGUCUUUGCUAAAAUCUCCAUCAAUGGGCCUUAGACGUUCGGUUUCAGGUCGUGUGUCCUUCAGUGAAAAUGAGUUUGCAAACCGUCUGAAAGGAAGAAGAAGCACUUCUGUUCAAGCUGUACCUUAUUCUUUGGCAGAUUUGCAGAAAAGUACUGAUAAUUUUGCACCAGGUCGACUUCUGGGCGAGGGCUCCAUUGGUCGUGUUUAUAGGGCAAAAUAUCCCGAUGGAAAGGUUUUAGCAGUGAAAAAGAUAGAUUCCUCACAUUUUCAAGGCCAGAAGCCUGAGGAAUUCUCAAAACUUGUUACAAACAUCUCUAAGCUUCACCAUCCUAACAUUGCUGAACUUGUUGGCUAUUGUUCAGAACAAGGGCAUAACAUGCUAAUACAUGACUAUUUCAGGAAUGGCUCACUUCAUGAGUUCCUACAUUUAUCAGAUGACUUCAGCAAACCCCUAACUUGGAAUACCAGAGUUAGAAUAGCUUUAGGUGUAUCCAGGGCUAUUGAGUAUCUCCAUGACGUUUGUUCUCCAUCUAUAGUUCAUAAGAACAUCAAGUCAUCCAAUAUUUUGCUUGAUCUUGAACUCAAUCCUCAUCUAUCUGACUACGGCAUGGCAAGCUUUCAUCUGCGUACAAGCCAGAACCUCGGGAUGGGUUACAAUGCUCCAGAAUGUGCACAACCAUCAGCAUACACACUAAAGAGUGAUGUUUACAGUUUCGGGGUGGUAAUGUUAGAACUAUUGACUGGUCGGAUGCCUUUGGAUAAUCAAAGACCAAGAUCAGAACAGUGCUUAGUGAAAUGGGCCAGACCUCAGCUUCAUGACAAUGAUGCACUGGCAGGAAUGGUUGAUCCUGCCUUGAGGGGCCUCUAUCCUCCCAAAUCACUCCCUCCAUUUGCUGAUAUUGUUGCCCUCUGUAUACAGUUGGAUCCUAAUCUUAGAUCUUCAAUAGCUGAGGUGGUACAGGCAUUGGUACGAUUAGUUCAACAAUCAACCAUAAACAUGAGAGAAGAUCUUUCAGCUUCUUGCCGGACAAACGACUCUGAAUAUUAAUAUGUUUGACUCUUGCCAUUAUUAUUAUUUAUUAUUCUUUUUGUUUUUGGUUCCAUAGAUUAUUGUCAUUCUACUGUAUAAAUUUCUAGCACAUUUAAGUUGAGAAGAGCUUUUUUUUU